AAGUCGGCGUCCCUGAACAGCGGCCUGUGCCAGGGCAUGGCUCUGAACCUGCGAACGCUGAGUCACAGCGACUCCUACACUUGGGCCCAGCAGAACCACAGCCCCAACCUCACCUGCACUAGCAGGUCCCUCCAGCGCGGCGGCAUCAGCGGCAGUUUUUCCUCGGUGACCAACACGUACCUGGAGUCCCAACACGCCAGAGACCAAGGGGAGCUCACACACUCCGUGUCCGAGUUCUGCACCCCGCCGCGAAUAUCUCGUACCUUAUCGAUGGGGAGAAACCUGUCAGCUAUUGCUAAUGAGAGGCGACACGUGGAGAUGAUCGCGCUGGAGAACGACGGGCAGGGUCUGGGCUUUGGCAUCGUGGGAGGGAGGAGCACGGGGGUCAUGGUGAAGACCAUCCUCCCUUCAGGAGCCGCUGGACAGGACAAGCGGCUGCGCAGCGGCGACCAGCUGCUCCGCAUCGGGGACGAGGACCUGGAGGGUAUGGGCAGCGAGGAAGUGGCGCAAGUGCUGCGCAACGCCGGCACCCGGGUCAAGCUGCUCAUCGCCAGGAACAUCGUCACGGGCACCGACCACUCCAUGCCUACCCUCGGUCUGCAGCAGGAGACGGACUCCGAGGUGGGUGAAAUAGAGGAGGAUUAUGAGUUUGAUGUCCAGUUUACCAAGAACAGCCUGGGACUGGGAGUCACCAUCACUGCUUGCCAAGGGUACCUCAACUCAGUGGCCCCGGGCGGGGUGAUGGUGAAGAGCAUAGUGAAGGGCAGCACUGUGGACCAGGAUGGACGCAUCCACAUCGGAGACAGGAUCUUAACUGUGGACCGGGUGAGCCUGCAGGGCUGCAGCGAGCAGAAGGCCCUGGAGGUGUUGAGGAAGACCGGUUCCAAGGUGCACCUGCGUCUGGCCCGGGCGCCCCUCCGCCUGGAGUACCUGCUGCCUCCGCCCCCGCUCCGCCCCGCCCUCCGCCACGCCCACAGCUGCCGGGAGCCCCCCCUCCGGAGGCUCAACCAGAUCCAAGAGACAGGAACCGUUCUCUCCUUGCUCGACAUCGCCAAGAGAGCCGCCUAUGCCUGCGUCAAAGACCCCCCGCAGGAGUCCAGAGAUGCAGUGAAGCUCACACAGGCAGAGGAGGAGGAUCUGAGGAGGAGGUGGCAGCGCGCGCUCGGACCCAGAUACCAAGUGGUGGUGUGCCAGCUGGAGAGAUUCAGUGAGACCAGCGGCCUGGGCAUCAGCCUGGAGGCCAGGGCAGGCCACCACUACCUCUGCUCUGUCCUGCCCGAGGGCCCUGUGGGCCAGGGAGGCAAGAUCUACACCGGGGACAAGAUCCUGGAGGUGAACGGGAUCCCUCUGGUCGGGGAGACCCACAGGGAGGUGGUGAGCGUCCUGAGGGAGCUGCCGGUGUGUGUGUGUAUGGUGUGCUGUCGCCUCGUGCCCCCCCCGCCCAUCGACAGCGACGACGAGGAGGACUUCCACCUCAGCCUCAAAGAGCUGCUGGCCGAGUUCAACGACAAGUUGGACCACGGCUGCUGUAUUCUUCCUGGUGUUGCUCAGGAUUGUGGGAAACGUAGUUUGCCCCCGGUCUCGCCCCCCCUGGCCAUGUGGGAGAGGGACGCACAAGUGGUGGAGCUGCAGAAAGGAGAGGAAGGCCUGGGCUUCAGCAUCCUGGACUAUCAGGACCCGGAGGACUCUGCUAAGACGGUCCUGGUGAUCCGGUCACUGGUUCCUGGGGGCGUAGCGGAUAUGGACGGCAGCUUGCUGCCCGGCGACCGCCUCAUGUUCGUCAACGACACGGACCUGGAGAGCGCCAGUCUGGACCACGCCGUCCAGGUCCUAAAGUCCACCUCCUACGGCACCGUGCGCAUCGGCGUCGCCAAACCACUGCCGCUGGACGCGUGCGGCCUGGAGCCCAUCCCGGAGAGAGAGACUCCCCCGGCGAGGGAAGAGAAUGACAGGCCGCCCUCGGCCCAGCUAGCCGCACAGCCACACGCUAACACCUGCACGUCUGAGAGGAACAGCCAGCAGCGCUACGAGCUAAAGGAAGAGAAGCCGCAGCAGAGCUACGGCAACAUGGAGGUGGCCAAUAAGACGCAGGCUCCGCCCCUUCCCAGAAGCGGUUUUGAGAGGACAAUAACGGUUGUCCGGGGCAACCGUAGCCUUGGGAUGACCGUGAGCGCCAUAAAGGACGGCUCGGCCAUCCUGGUGCGCAGCGUGGUCCACGGAGGCUCCAUCAGCCAGGACGGCAGGCUGGGGGUGGGGGACAGCAUCCUGGCCCUGAACGGGGAGGCCACCACCUGCCUCACCAACGCCAAGGCCAGGGCCAUGCUCCGCCAGCACUCUGUCAUAGGGCCCAACAUGAGUGUGACAUAUGUCCCAGCUUCUCAGGUGGAGGAGCACCGAGCCCGUCUGGCUCAGGCCCCCCUGGCAACCGUCACAGUGGAUGGGCCAUCACACUCACCCAUCCCCCCCACACCCUCUCCUGAACCAGCCUGGGCCCCAACACCACACCCAGGACCAGGACUCGCACCAAGACCACACCCAGGACCAGACACUGGACCAGGACUCGCACCGAGCCCACGCCCAGGAUCAACACCAACACCAAGACCAGGACCAGCACCAGCAAUAUCCUCAACUCCAGCCUUCAACACAAGGGACCGCUGCCCCAAGCCUCCGCCCCAGGAGGAGAGGAGAGGAGAUGGAGAGAGCACGGAGGUGAAGAGACGGGACAAGGGGGGAGCGCAGGUCAAGGCCAAGGCGGUCGAAGGGAGAGAGGGAGGAAGAGGAGAGGAGGAGGGGGAGGAGGCGCAGUGCCCCACCAUCUUGUCCUGGAGCGAGCCUCGAAGGGUGCAGCUGAGGCGUGGGGUGCCAGGCCAGUGUCUGGGCAUCGGUAUCAUGGGGGGUAAGGGGAUCGGCAGCAGACUGAGCAGCGGGGAGAUGAUGAGGGGCAUCUUCAUCAAACACAUCACCCCUGACAGCCCCGCCGGGCUCAACGGCACCCUCAAGACUGGGGACAGGAUCCUGGAGGUAGGUGACGUGGACCUGAGAGACGCCAGUCAUGAGCAGGCAGUAGAGGCCAUCCGCAGAACUGGAGACUCUGUGGUCUUCCUGGUGCAGACCGGCCACCACAGACCUCAGUCUCCUGUGCUCUCUAACCACGAGAGGCUCGCUACUCACACCAGCUCUCACAACAACAAGGAACCAGAGACUCACUGUGGCCUGUUCCUUAGUCUCUCCCCCACCAACCCCUUCACUCCCACCCCCUUUAAGCCAACAGCCAAUAGGACAGCCAAGAAAAGCCCAACAACAGCUGCUCCACCAAUGGCAGGGGACGACACAGAGGACGAGUUUGGCUACAGUUGGAAGAAGAUGAUGCAGAGGUAUGGCAGCCUGCCAGGGGAGCUUCACAUGAUGGAGCUGGAGAGGGGGCGGGGCGAGGCCCGGGGCCUGGGGCUGCACCUGACAGGGAACCAGGACAGCUCCCGCGCCCGCAUGAGCGUCUACGUGGCCGGGCUGGACCCCCAGGGGGCGGCGGGCGCCGACGGGCGCCUACGGGUGGGCGACGAGAUCCUAGAGAUUAACGGUCAGAUCCUGUAUGGACGAAGCUACCAGAACGCCUCCUCCAUCAUCAACAGUGCUCCAUGUAAAGUCAAGAUCAUCUUCAUCAGGAAUCCUGCCGCCUUAAACCAGAUGGCAGUGGGACCCACGGGAGACUAUGUGGACUUGCUCAACUCCGAGACCAAGACAGAUGUGUCUCCUACCUCAGUCAAUGUCGGCUUGUUCAGAGACGUCCAUGAUGUUGUUUUGGCUCAGGAUCAUGUGGGUCUGGGGCUUCUUCUGAGGGAGCAAGAGACCAAGGAAGGAGCCAUCGUCAGAUCUCUGAUACCUCAGAGCACAGCGAGCGUGGAUGGCAGGAUAAGACCAGGUGACAGGAUCCUGGCUGUGGACAACGAGCCUGUGGUGGGACUGGCGUUGGAUAAGGUCUCUAGUUUACUACGGAAAUCAAAGAGCACAGUCAAGCUCUCAAUCAGUUCCUGUCAUCAUAACCCCCUGUCCUCCUCUUCCUCCAAUAACCCCCUCCCCCUUUCCUCCUCCUCCAAUCAGCCCCUCCCCCUCUCCUCCUCUUCCUCCAACAACCCCCUCCCCCUCUCGUCCUCCAACAACCUCCUCCCCCUCUCCUCCAAUCACCCCCUCUCCUCUUCCUCCAAUCACACCCUUCCCCUCUCCUCCUCUUCUUCCAUCAACCAUCCCAUUCCCAUCUCCUCCACGGCUUCGUUGGUGAGAAAAUCUUCUGCUGGGCGAUCUGAUUGGCCCGUGGCUGACUCAGCAACCCCUGACCUCCUGAGCUGUCCAAUCAUACCAGGGUGUGAGACCACCAUAGAGAUCUGUAAGGGGAAUAUUGGACUUGGCCUCAGCAUCGUAGGUGGCUAUGACACACUGCUGGGUGCAGUAAUUAUCCAUGAAGUGAAUGCUGGGGGGGCAGCUCAGAGGGAUGGGAGACUGUGGGCUGGAGACCAGAUCCAAGAGGUGAACGGCAUGGACCUGCGGCAGGCCUCCCACGAGGAGGCCAUCGCCGUGCUGCGUCUGACCCCCCAGCGCCUGCGCCUCAUCGUGUUCAGGCACCAGGAGGCCUACCAGGAGGAGGACCUGUGGGACGUUUUCUCCCUGGAGCUCCAACCCCGACGGGGACAGGGCCUGGGCCUCGCCACCGUGGGCAAGAGUAAUGACACGGGCAUAUUCGUUUCGGAGAUCGUCCGCGGAGGGCCGGCUGACAUGGACGGCAGGCUGUUGCUGGGCGACCAGAUCCUGUCAAUCAACGGGGAGGACGUGAAAGCGGCGGAGCAGGAACACGUGGGGGUGCUGCUGCAGAACUGCCCGGGGGUUGUCCAAUUAGAGGUGGCUCGCUUCAAACCAGGACUGCACUACUCUCUAGGAAGCCAUGUGUCUGUGAGUGGUGACUCGGACAGUUCCACUCUGACUCCAUCCAGCACUGGUGACACCCUCCCCCGCCAGAGGGAGACAGAGAGCAGAGGUCGUCAGCCCAGGACAGUGGUCAUCCACAAGAGGCCUGGGGACUCUCUGGGCAUCAGUGUGGCAGGUGGGGUGGGCAGUCCCCAUGGCGACCUCCCUCUCUUCAUUGCUUCCAUGGAGACCACCGGACUGGCCGCCAGGACGCAGAAACUACAGACUGGAGACAAGAUGGUCAGUAUUAACGGGGUGCCCACUGAGGGAAUGACUCACGUCCAUGCAGGAGCUCUGCUGAAGAACACCUGUGGGACCAUCACUUUUCAGGUGGUAUCGGGGUCUGGAGGGUGUGGCAUGCUGGAUCAGAGUGAGGACGUGACUGACCCCUCAUCAGGACUGCCCAGUGGAGUCCCAGCUUGCUCCAACAGCCUCUGCGCCCGUGUGUAUAAAACCAUCACCCUGGACAGGGGCUCGUCUGGGCUGGGCUUCAGCAUCGUGGGGGGGUUCGGCAGCCCCCAUGGAGACCUGCCCAUUUAUGUCAAAACAGUCUUUGGCAAGGGGGCAGCCCUGAAAGACGGCAGACUGAAGGGCGGCGAUCAGAUCAUUGCCGUCAACGGACACUGUCUGGAGGGAGUGUCGCACGCCGAGGCCGUCGACAUUCUGAAGAGAACCAAGGGAACCGUAGUCCUCACCGUGCUCUCCUGAACGCUGCGUCCCGCUUUGAUGAUGUCAUCCGCACAUGUGGUAGCGUAGAAGGUAGAUGUCAGUCACACAGCUUGUCCCCUGCUCUAAAAGCUAAACUUCAACCCAUCUGAAUGUAGAAGUGCUUCUGACUAGCUUUACAGUAAAUGACUGCAGGCUUACAUACAGUACACACAGCAAAACAUCUAUACAGACUAUACAGACCUUCAAGAAAAAUGAUGAAAAGGAUUGUAAGUACUUACGGGUUACUUUAAGUACUUAAAAUCAGAAUAUUCAUUGUCAUAUAUUGCAUUCUAUUAGAGCUUACAUGCCUAACCACAGUUUAGUAGGCCACCUCUAAUAAGAUUAAGUCUGCAUAAUAAGACAUGUGGCAAAUUCAUGCAAUCAAGUGAUUCUGCCAAUCUUUUAUGUGGCAAUAAGCUUUUACAAUAUUACAAAACUUCCAUUGGAUAGCAUGUCUCCUGUAUGCUUGUUUCUACCUGAUCGCGGGGUCCCACACAAUAGUUUUGUUUUUUUUACUGUAACUCAGUACUUACUCUCUUUGAAUAAUAUUUAUCUUCACAAUGUUGUAAAACGCAUUUUAUUUAAGAUGAUAAUACAGAUUUUUACUGAUACUUAUUUUAUAGACACGACUUUCAACUGGCAAGUAUUAUUAUGGUGUGUGCGAGAGAACUUGGCUUGUUAAUACAUUUAGCAUUAUUUAUUCAUUUAUUUAUUAUACACUGUAUUAUUUUUAACGAUUAUGGAACAUCUAUUUAUACACAACAAUGUCUGU